CUUCGAAGCUCAAAGUCACUGAAAUUCUGCGGAUAAUAAUAUGGAGGCAUUGACGAAGCUGUGCAGUCUCGAUAUUGUGGCGUGGAGGGGCUUUCUCUACUCGGCAUUGAUACUCAAUUUCGUGUUCGCUUGUCAGCUUCUUCUCCUCCAACCCCUCGUGUCUGCCCUAGAUGGGAACCCUGGUGAAGCUGCUGCUCUGUUUGAGAAAGCUCAACAACAUGUUAAAGUCAAGAAAUACCUUGAUGCCCUUAAUGAUCUUAAUGCGGCUAUAGAGGCUGAUCCAAAUCUUUCAGAGGCAUACCGGCAUCGGGCAUCUAUUCUCCGUCAAUUAUGCAGAUAUGAGGAAUCAGAAAGAAACUACGGAAAGUUUUUGGAGAUGAAACCUAAGAACUCAGUGGCUGAGAGGGAGCUAUCCCAAUUGUUGCAGGCUAAGGAUGCGUUGGAGUCAGCUAUGAGUCUCUUUGAGUCGGGGGACCUUACAAAAGCACGAGAGCAUAUUGAUAAAGUUGUACUUGUUUUCUCUCCAGCCUGCUCAAAGGCCAAACUCCUCAAACUAAGGCUUUUGCUUGCAGCUAAGGAUUAUUCAAGUGCCAUAUCUGAGGCAGGAUUUAUGCUUAAAGAGGAUGAAGAUAAUAUGGAUGCAUUGUUGCUACGUGGCCGUGCCUACUACUAUCUUGCUGAUCAUGAUGUAGCUUUAAAGCACUACCAGAAGGGUCUUCGACUAGAUCCUGAACAUAGUGAACUGAAGAAAGCAUAUUUCAGCUUGAAAAAUCUACUUAAGAAGACAAAAAGUGCAGAGGAAAACGAGGGUAAGGGCAAACUUCGUCUUGCUGUGGAAGACUAUAAAGCUGCUCUAGCAUUGGAUCCAAACCAUUCUGCAUUCAACGUGCAUCUUCAUCUGGCUCUGUGCAAAGUAUUAGUGAAGCUUGGAAGAGGUAAGGAUGCCAUUUCAAGUUGCUCAGAAGCACUCCAAAUCGAUGAGGAACUUGUUGAAGCUCUAACUCAGAGGGGUGAAGCAAAACUUUUGACAGAAGAUUGGGAAGGAGCUGUGGCUGAUUUGAAGUUGGCAGCUGAAAAAUCUCCACAGGAUAGACAUAUUCGCGAAACAUUAAUGCGGGCUGAGAGAUCAUUAAAGUUGAGCCAACGAAAAGAUUGGUACAAAAUUUUGGGAAUUUCAAAAACUGCAUCUGCAUCGGAGAUUAAAAAAGCAUAUAAGAGGCUUGCUUUGCAGUGGCACCCAGACAAGAAUACUGACAACAGAGAAGAAGCUGAAGCCAAAUUUAGGGAUGUAGCAGCAGCAUACGAGGUUCUUGGUGAUGAAGAUAAACGUACACGGUAUGAUAGAGGAGAAGAUAUCGAUGAAGCGGGUUCUGGAAUGGGCGGUGGAGGGUUUCACCACCCGUUCCAUGGAGGUAACUUUGAGUUCCACUUUGAAGGAGGGUUUCCGGGUGGUGGAUUUGGAGGUUUCCAAUUUUGAGCACUCACUCAUUUAUUCGCGAGAUAUUACCCAAAAUAUGAGUAAAACAGUUUGAAAAUUCCAAAAUAGGACUGCC